ACCCUCACACCUCAGCAGCAGCGUGCAAAUAAACGCACACACAUUCACGCACACACGCACACACACUCACGCACACACAUAUACACACAUUUCUGCAUCCUGUGUUUUUUUUACGCACCGGGAACCGGGCGCUUUAUAAGCGGUCGUGGAUUAUGAUGCCAGUUUUUAUAACAGCGGAAUAUCGGCCUCUUCUUCGACUCCAACUGUGAGCAGCAGUAAAAGAGAAAAAGAAAUCACGUGUUUUUUAUUUUAUUUUUUAUUUUAUCAGAUUUAUAUGUAAAUUGGUCCUCCGUUACUUCUGAGUGCCGAGAGACCGCCGAGACGCAAAGCCUACGUUCAAUGCUGUUGGAACAUGUCCUAUGUUCCCUUUCAAGAUGCAAGGUGUGCCGUCCCCCCCUCCUAUCAUCAUCACCAUCAUCGCUCCCACGCCCACUCCUUCCACACUCCCUCCUACGACCAUCCUGCUCACGAACGUCCCUCCUACGACCGCCCCUCCUUCGACCGUCCCUCUUUCGAGCGUCCUUCCUACGAACGUCCUUCCUUCGACCGUCCCUCCUACAGCCGCCCCUUGCACGAGCGCCCCACCUACGACCGCCCCUCACACGACGUUGCACCCCACGACCGCUGGAACCCCCGUCUUCGCGUGAGCUCCGGAAAUCAGCUCUACAUGUUGGACCAGGAGGAGGUACACCCUUUGCUGAUGCGCGAGAGGCGCUCAGAGUCUCACAGGAACAAGCUACUGCGGCGGACAGUCAGCGUUCCUGUUGAGGGAAGGCACCAUCCCGAGAUGGAUCAUCGCGCCCGGCGGAAGAGCAUAGCCACCGGGAAGCAGCCCAGCAUGGAGGUCCCUCCCACUGCCCCCCUUCAACCCUUCCGACAAUCCGUGAGUAACCCCUCCUGUCCCCGGCCUCGCUCGCUGCCUCCAUCCCUCUCGCUGUCCCUCCUCCCUCCUCCCGCCCUGGGCCCACCGCACACCUGUGGCCGUCGGGCCAGCGGCACCCCGCCUCACCCUUACCCUCUCUCCCUGGCCGUCUCCCCCUCCCUCACCUUUUGCCAGCAGCAGCAGCAGCAAAAGGGCUCCAAGAAAGGGCCCGGCACACCCCCUUUACCUCGCUCGCUGCCCCUCUCCCCCUCCCUGUCCUUCACCCUGCCCCACUCGCCUGCCGCCUCCUCCUCCCCCCCCUUCUUGUACUGGGGAGGAGACUGGAGGGCUGCCGGUUCGAGUCCAGUGGCGGGAGGAACGUUUAUUGCACCACUGCCCCCUGUUGAGAGUUUCCUCAGUAGAAGGUUGAAGGGCUCAAUCAAGAGGGCUAAGAGUCAGCCCAAACUGGACCGAACUAGCAGCUUCCGCCACAUGAUCCUCCCCCGCUUCCGUAGUGCCGACCAAGACAGGACCCGUUUGAUGCAGAGCUUCAAAGAGUCCCACUCCCAUGAGUCCCUGCUGUCUCCCAGCAGCGCCGCCGAGGCGCUGGACCUCACGCUGGACGAGGACGCCAUCAUCAAACCUGUGCACUCGAGCAUCCUGGGACAAGAGUACUGCUUUGAGGUGACUACGGCAUCGGGAACCAAGUGCUUUGCGUGUCGCUCAGCUGCAGAGAGAGACAAAUGGAUCGAGAACCUGCAGAGAGCUGUCAAGCCCAACAAGGACAACAGCCGGAGGGUGGACAAUGUGCUCAAACUGUGGAUCAUAGAGGCCCGCGAGCUUCCAGCCAAGAAACGCUACUACUGCGAACUUUGCCUGGAUGACAUGUUGUAUGCACGCACCACCAGCAAGCCCCGCACUGACACCGUUUUUUGGGGCGAGCACUUUGAAUUCAACAACCUACCAGCCGUCCGCAACCUACGCCUUCAUCUUUACAAGGAGACAGACAAGAAGAGACGCAAGGAAAAGAGCACAUACUUAGGACUUGUAAGCAUCCCCAUCUCAAGCAUCACCGGACGUCAGUUUGUGGAGCAGUGGUACCCGGUCAUCCAGCCCAGCGUCCUCACCAAGGGAGCUGGAGUUGGAGGAGGGAAGAUCAUCAAUGCAUCCCUACGCCUCAAAUCCCGCUUCCAGACCAUGAACAUCCUGCCCAUGGAGCUGUACAAGGAGUUCGCAGAGUAUGUCACCAAUAACUACCGUACCCUGUGUGCCGUGCUGGAACCAGUGCUGAGUGUCAAGAGCAAAGAGGAGGUGGCCUGUGCUUUGGUGCAUAUACUGCAGAGCACAGGGAAAGCUAAGGAUUUCCUCUCGGACAUGGCGAUGUGUGAGGUAGACAGAUUCAUCGACCGAGAACACCUUAUCUUCAGAGAGAACACUCUGGCCACCAAAGCCAUAGAAGAGUACCUCAAACUGAUAGGACAUAAGUACCUCAAGGAUGCUAUAGGGGAGUUCAUAAGGGCCCUGUAUGAGUCAGAGGAAAAUUGCGAAGUGGACCCCAUGAGAACACCGCCCUCUGUACUGCCGGACCACCAAGCCAAUCUUCGAAUGUGCUGUGAGCUGGCACUCUGCAAGAUUGUUAAUUCCCAUUGUGUGUUCCCACGAGAGUUAAAGGAAGUUUUUGCCUCCUGGAGAGUGCGCUGUGCUGAGCGGGGUCGGGAAGACAUCGCCGACCGCCUCAUCAGCGGCUCUCUGUUCCUGCGCUUCCUGUGUCCCGCCAUCAUGUCUCCAUCGCUCUUCAACCUCACACAGGAAUAUCCUGACGAGCAGACGUCACGCACACUCACCCUCAUCGCCAAAGUGGUGCAAAACCUGGCCAACUUCUCCAAGUUUGGCACUAAAGAGGAGUACAUGUGUUUCAUGAAUGAGUUUUUAGAGAUGGAGUGGGGCUCAAUGCAGCAGUUCCUGUACGAGAUCUCCAACCUGGACAGUGUCAGCAAUGCAGGCGGCUUUGAGGGAUACAUCGACCUGGGCAGGGAGCUGUCUAUACUGCACAGUCUCCUCUGGGAGGUCAUGGCUCAGCUCAGCAAGGACGCCAUCAUCAAGCUGGGUCCUUUGCCUCGCCUCCUGAAUGACAUCAGUAUGGCCUUGCGUAACCCUCAUCUUCAGAGGCAGCCGAGCCAUCAAACGGACAGAGUGCAGGAGAGACAAACGGACAGGCUGCUGUCACGGCCAAGCUUCAACAGGGGCAUCUCAUCGGAGUUCCAAAAUCUCAUGAUGAGGGAUCUUAAUAGCUCUAUAGAUAUCACUCGUUUGCCUUCCCCCACCUCCACCGGAGGGGUCAUGCCAUCCCGCUCCCAGAUGAGUUUUCAGGACCGUGACCACCCUCAUCGAGCAUCCUCCAAAGACAUGUUUUAUGUAUCGCGCCCUCCCCUGGCCCGAUCCAGCCCAGCGUACUGCACGAGCAGCUCGGACAUCACGGAACCAGAUCCUAAGGAUUCCCGAAUGAACAGCGUGUCUAACCUGCAGUCGGUGGACAUGCUCAACUCCUCCCAGGCCUCCAUCGCCGGCAUGGGCAGCUUCGGCGGGCUGAGCAGCGGAGGCGGUGGCGGCCUGGGGUCGGGCCUGAGCAGCCAGCUGCGGGCCGGUGGGAGGUUGUCAGCUGGCUCUGGCGGCUCCAGCAUGUCCGGCGGCCUCCGGCUGAGCCAGCUGAGCCAGAUGGGCACCACCACCGACUCGCUAUCCCAGCAGCAGCAACAGCAGGCCGCCGCCAUGCGCUACCCGCUUUCCUUCCAGAAUCCCCUCUUUCAUCUGGCGACUGCUGAUGGGCCUCAACAGCAACAGCUCCAUCACCAGCACAGCCGGGCUCAACCUCCAGCACCCCUUCUCCUGGCCCCAGAGCCUGAACCCUCUCACCAGUCCUACAUCCCACAGUUCGCCCAUGGGGGGUUCUCUCGCAGUGAGGAUCUGUCCACUCUCAGGACCAGGGACAGUCACCUGGGCCAACCCAGCAUCAUCCACUCUCACAGCUACAGUGACGACUACAGCAGGGCUGACUAUGGACGCCGGCAGAUGUCCAUGCAUGUGCAGGAUAAUCUCCAACAGCAACAACAAAUGAUGGGCAUGACCUCCCAGACAGGAACCUCCCAUUCCUCCCUGGCGACCACACCUCCCUCCACAGUCCAACCUAUGCGCCAGAGUUCUGUUGCCCCACCUCCCACCCAGCGCAUGAAGUCCCAGACCUCCCACCAGCUGUCCGUCAGUGCAGCCGCUGCACCUGCUGCUCCUGCUAAAACACGGCCUCAGAGCGGGAACCUCCUCCAGUCACCGGAGUCGGGCUACGGCGGCAGGCAGCACGGGCCCCGGCAGCUGUCCGUCAAAGACAACACUGCCCCGGGCCUGCCCCACCAGCAGAGCUCUGUCAGGGAAAGCCAGAGUCCGCAGGGAACCACCAGUCAGAGCACUCAGCAGUCACCACAACAGUCUCAGCAACAGCACCUGCUCAAACCCACCAUGAGCAAACAGGGCUCCCAAUCUCCAUCCACCCUCAAUCCUCCUUCAGCCAAUGAGCGAACAGUGGCCUGGGUGUCCAACAUGCCUCAUCUGUCGGCUGACAUUGAGAGUUCACGGAUUGACCGUGAGGAUUUCAAACUUAAGGAGUACUCAAAGAGCAUGGAUGAGUCACGCAUGGACAGGGUACGGGAGUAUGAGGAGGAGAUCAACUCCCUGAAGGAGCGCCUGAUGAUGUCUCACAAAAAGCUGGAGGAGUACGAGCGGAGGCUCCUCACACAGGAGCAGCAGACCAAUAAGAUCCUCCUACAGUACCAGAAUCGACUCGAGGACAGUGAGAGGAGGCUACGGCAACAGCAAGUGGAGAAAGACUCCCAAAUUAAAGGAAUAAUUAGCAGACUCAUGGCUGUGGAGGAUGAGAUAAGGGGAGGAGCCAUUCUUGAGCCAAAAACCAGGAUUUUCGCUGAUCAGGAGGACCAGCUUUCCUCCCUGGGUUCUGCAGACCCCGGUGUGAAAACUGAAGGUGGAGGGGGAGGAGGAGGAGGAGGAGGAGACGGAGCGGUAACCAACGAUCAAGACCUCAGAGUCUCUUCCUUGGGCAUUUCCUCUGACAGCUCGCCCCACAAUGGAGUCCUCCCCCAAACCGUAGACCCUCCCUCUCUACCCACUCCUCAUCAGCAUCCUAGUCAGAAUGGAGAGCUCCGUGGCAACCAAACAUCCUCCCCCAUGACAACCUCACAUGCAACUGGAACCACGGCAACAGCAACUACAGGCAUAGCAGAAGAAGGGGGAGUAGGUCAAACACAACACUGAGCCAAAUCAGAGAGAGAUGACACAAAGGAAAUCACUGUCCCCGUCUUUUUUUCCUAUUUAGCAAGACAGUUCUCUGAAAACAAUAUUUCCUAAUUGUCGGGGCAAGAGAGAGAAGAACAGUGUGCGGGAGACGAGUAGUAACCACACAGCUACUGUACAGUGCAAAACACAUUACCACACAACACAAAGGGCUCUUCAAUGGACACUUGUUCUCUUGACGCUCACUUGGAGCUUCAGAUAGGAUCAGUCUUGCAGGACAAGAUAAUGAUACCUUAUCAAGCAUUUGACAUACAAGCCGAUAUAUGAACACCUGCUCUGUGCACUCAUUGCCUGUCUCCAUGAGAAACGAAUACACGUAAGGAUCGAGCACUAUAGAACGUCUUGCACCCCAAAGACUUUAUAGUAGCCAUUUGCAAAGAAGUGCUAUAAGCCACAGCUUGUAGUAACCCUUGACUCCCAUGGAUGUAGAUGCAUUAAUAUACCUACCCUGAACAUGCCAGGCUGCAAUUUGUUAGGUACAGGUGUGGUGGUGUAGUCUGGCUUUCUUAGUGCCUUUGAGUGUUUUUCAACAGGGUUUUCCACUAGAGAUGGAGAUCCCAGUUAGCUUUGCUGGUAAGAUGACUGAUGUAUGGGCUGAUAACAGUGAUUGAAAGACACAAGAUCAAGCAUCAUAGAGGUUUGAGUGACGGGAAACACUUUGGGAACUUUUUCUUUUCCUUUUUUCAAUCUAAGGAACUCCUUGUUUUUGGACUGAGCUCGUGCAAUUUUUCUCUUCUCAAUCUCAGAACCGAUAUGUGAUAAACUGGUGCUAAACAGAAACAAAUGGUGCCAUUUUCCAAGUCAACUGUCUGUGUCUGCCAUAGCACUGCCUCUUUCAUGAUUCACUCACUGUCUUUUCUCUCUCUCCUGGUAUUUGUCUUUGACAGGACAUUUCCCCCCUACCCCUACCCCCAGUAUGUUUUCUAUGUGUCUCUGUCUUUGUUCUUUGUGCAUCCUGUUGUGUUCCUAUGUCAAACGGGGUUCCCAUAUGUGUUUUUUAGAAGUGCACUCCUCCAAUCUCUGGUUUUAUUUACAGUUAAUAAAAGCAGCUACCAGGCUCAAAAUUGAUGGAUCAGCUAUUGCACGGGUUACUUCAUACUCGUGGAGACUGAGCCCCAAAGUGCUAUUUAAUUAUUUUAACUCUGAAUUAAGUUACUUUGAAAUGAAAUUAAUGAAUGUUUUUUUUCGUUUAGUUUCUAAAUGUUGGUCCAUUGUGUUUUCAUUUAGAAAGUGAGUGAUUUUUUUUCAGACGCUCGUACAGUUUUCAAAAUGCUAUUGUUAUAAGUUCAAAUAAAUACUACUAAUGUUUUCACUUUUGGGCAUGCACUACAUUUCACAGUUAUUUUUUACAGUAAAAAUUACCAGUGGAAUAGUUUGUUCCCUCUUGAACAUGUGUAGAAAGACCAUUUUCAGCCAUUUAGGUUUGCUUAGCCUGCCAUUAAGUGCCUGGGAUAAAUAUAUUGAGCAUCCUUUGGCCAGUAGACUAGCUAGUCAUCGAGCAACUGCACCUUAUAAAGCCUUUCUUGAUUCAACAAUAUCACGUGAUUUUUUUAAAAAAAAAGAAACUUUUUUGUGUAUUUUUCAUAAUUUGGAGUUUAAUUUCCAAAUGAAAGCAUUAAAAGCAAAGCAUUUAGUUUACGGUACAUUUUAGAGAUACUGUUUGAAGUAUUUUUGAACUGAGCUCUUCUCAUAUAUCAGAGGCUGAAAACUCGAGUCUUUGAAAUGUUUCUAUCCAUAUUCCUUCAUUUUGUGUAUGAACUGUCUGUUGUAAGGUUUGUCUGGAUGUGAAUCUGUUUUUUUGUCUUUGUAGCCUCACACACUGGUGUCACUCUGCAACAACUCGACUUGUUUAAAUGUGCAGGUUGAGCCACGAGGAGUUGAAGAGUUUUACAUCAGCUUCAUGUUCGCCAUUGUUCUCUUUAGACAGAACACGUCACUUAUUUUGCCAUGUCAAAGGUCAAACCGGCCAAUAAUAGAUUAGCUUAGACUAAACUCAUAGUUACAGUGAAUGUUUAACUUAUUGAACCACCAAAUGUUAACAAUGCUGGCAAUGUUAUGCAGGGAAAGAUCGUCCAUUGAGACAUCAUGUAGGGCUACUUCUUUCUUGUGAAAUUACUUGUGUGAUAAAUGUUGGAUUCAAAGCGGGCUCGGUUAUGAACAUCAGUGUCUUUUUUUUUAGAGAUGUGAGAUGAUCCGUGAUUGAGAAAUUAACAUUGCUGUGAAAUUACCUCAGUGACUCAGGUAAACAAGCAGUUGCCUCAGAGCUGAACACAAAAACUAUAAAAAGAAAACAGAUGAGUCCAGCUUUGGAAAGACUGCCACCAUGCAGAUACUCGGUCAAUAGCUAUGCUUCAAUAGCACCUGAUCAAGCACCCUCCCCCGUUUCUUCUCUCUCUCUGUCUCCCUCUUUUUCUUCCCCUAGCCACUCUCAAAGCUUCAUCGAGGACAAUGUGGAACCUAAUUGGCUGAUGCACCAUCGGCAGUCUACAGGGUGGCAUGGCCAAAUGUCCAGAGCCCUCUCUCGUGACGCGAUUGGCUGA